AUGAUGAAGUCCAGUGCAACGUCGAGAGGCGACCCAGCGAAGGGCCGGACGCAGGACAAGCUCCUGGCCCUCCUGACCGUACCCAGUUUGCGCACCGUUGAGGACCUCGAUCGAAAAUCGGCGACUAAUUCAGAUCUUACGGCGUGGGGAUCAGGGACGAGCAACCUCGCCAUUGGGAAGGCUUCAAUCACGAGGGCGAUUGAGAAUUUACUCCGUCUAGGGCUGACGAGACCGACAAUUGGUUGCACAUGUAGUUUUAGUUCUGCUAUAGCUAAUGAAGAUGUUUUGUCGAAUUUCCCAUUGCUCACCGCCGCCGCUGCCACCAAGACGGAGAAGAAGCCGCAGACCUUUCCCCUCUACGAAUUUGUCAAACCAUAG